GACAUCGUUCUGCUCUUGUAGCUUGAUCUUGACUAUGAUCCAGGCAGAAACUGUUUCAUUGUGUGGUGUCCAGGAAAUCCUAAGUAGCAGUGCUUCAGUGGGAGAGGCUUACUAGGAGUUUCUGCUCUUUGGUUCUUGAAGUAGAAACUGUCCAUGUCAACAAAAUGUUUUGUUCUUGUUCUAGCAAGCAUGAUUAAGGGGGAACAAAUCUCUGUUUUUGAGGAGAUUGUAUUGGCCUUUAUGUGUAAAGCACACACUAUAUUGCAUGUUCUGGGCAGAUGCGAAGACAUAUGCGGUUUGGGUAAUUCUUGUUUUGCGCUGAUACUUUUCUUUGUGCCAGGUGCUGCAUCAACGUUUGUUGAGAAGAGGAUUGUGGGAAGUCAGUCCUGCAAAAGCAAAAGGGAUUACCAUGUCGACAUAACGUCUGUUCAGAAGGGGAAGUACUGUGGAGGGGCUCUGCUCAACACCCGCUGGGUCAUCACAGCUUCUCACUGCGCAGAGCAGGAGGUCAAACUGAAGUUGGGGAAGAAACUUUUAAUCUGGACAGCAGAGCAAAAGAUUCCAAGAGAACAGCAGUUUACUUAUCAGGAUGAGGAGGAUGAGGGGAAACCCCAUGACAUUAUGCUCAUAAAACUGAGUGAGGACGUCUCUCCUAAACUAGCCACCAUCAGUUAUAAUAGAAAAGACUGCGCGAAGCCAGAGGAGCAUGCAGAUGUGGAGAUUGGUGGCAUGGGAGCAAAGAAAGCAGGUGAUAAACCUGAGAAUAAAGUCAGAUGUGCCACCACACAGAUCACUCAGUGUGGUGAAAAUGAUAAACCUGACAGUAAGUACAGCAGUGAUGAAGCUGCAGUCAUGUGCGCCUUCAAGCCUGGCGUGGAGUCCUGCUUUGGUGACGCAGGCACGGCUGUGGUGUACAAAGAAAAGUUACACGGAAUCAUCGUUAGCCAACCUGUGGACAAGUGUGCACAGACCAUUGUAAUGCUGAACAUCUGUCACUACAUCGAGUGGAUGGAGAAAACCAUGAAAGACAACUGAAAAGUGCAACAUAAUCGACUAUUAAAGCAAUCUA